AUGAUAUGCAAUUUAGUGAAACGUAUAUGGCAAAAAUUUCUUCAACUGAAUCUAUUCAAAAAACAUUCAAGUAACGAACAUACUCUUGAAAAAGAACUUCUUGCUACUCGUAUUUAUUUGAUUGCAUUAAUUGUAUGUUUAUCUAUUAUUACUAUUACUGUUGCACUUAUCGUUCGACCUGUUGACAAAAUUGAAUAUAAACCUUCACAUGAAAAGUUUUCACAAUUAAUUCGUAAGUAUCCAAGUACUCUUCAUUGUCCAUGUUCAAAAUCUUCAACAAACUAUUUUAAAUUCGUCACUACUAAAGUUAAUUUUCAUCAAGUUUGUUCAAUUUUUUUUUGGCAAACAAUUGCUGGUUUAUGUUUGACAAGUAACAAAAGUUGGAAUGAUGUUAUUGCAAAUUUUGAAGCUACAAGUUUUAUCACUCCUACAGCAGUUGCUGAACAAGUUAUUCGAGUUCAAGCUGAAAACACUCUUCAAAAUCAAAUAGAUCUAUCGAAAACAAUAAUAACUCGUAAUUUACUUGCUCUACAACGUAUAACACGUGGAGAUCAAAUUGUAUCAGCUUUACAAACAAAUUUCUAUUUACGUUAUCCACCAGCACAUUUAGGUCCACAGAAUUCUCUAAAAAUGACAGCUCGAACAUUUGGUAAUUGUACUUGUUCAAAUAUCGAAGGUUGUCCACGAUCUGCUACAUUUAAUGAUAGUUAUGGUCAUUUAGUUAAUGUACCAGGAAUGAUAGUAGAUUGUUUAGUUGUUGAUGGUACACUUGCCUCAACACUUGAAUGUUAUUAUAAUCAAUCAUGCAUUUCAAUUUUACAUGGACAAUUAUCGAUGAAUAUUAAACCAUUAUCAAAUACAUCGAAUAAAAAAUUUUCUAUGUAUUCAACAGUAAAAUCAAUGUUCAAUGAAUUAAUGAUAGAUGAAACAAUAACUGAAAUUCGAUUUGAUAAAUAUUUUUCAGAAUGUAAUUGUCCUUUUUGCUCAUAUUCAUAUCGAAGACGUUUUGACAUAUUUCUUGUUUUCACGGCUGUUACCGGCUCUAUUGGUAUGUUGCCAUUCAUCGUACGUUACAUUGCAUCUUUUGUUGCAACAAAAAUUUUACGUCGAAAAAAUCGAAUUUUACCAAUGGAGAAUGUGUCAACUAUAAUGCCUAUGGAACAGAAUCGAAAUCAACGUAUACAACUUCGCAUUCGACUUUUAUUCAAUAAAUUACGGCAAGCAAUAAUAUCUUUAAAUCUUUUUGAAAAACAAACACAUCGCACACCUACUAACAUUUAUCGAGAACAACUCCAAACAAGAUUUUUCAUCUUUUUCAUUGUUAUUUUAACAAUUGCUGCUGGAGUGUAUACCAUUGUUAUAGAACAAAAUCAUGUGAUAACAGUUUCACAUCCAUCUCUUGAUACUUAUGAACAAUUGUAUAAUGAUUAUCCAACCACAUUAUAUUGUCCUUGUUCAGAAAUAUCCAUUCCUAAUAAAGUUUUUCUUAAUGUAACAUUUGUAUUACAUCAAGUCUGUUCAAGUGAUCUGGUUUCAUUAGAAUGGUUACAUUAUCUAAGAUCUUUUGAUCCGACUCAUCUGUCACCUGAGAGCGACACCUCAUUUAGCCAAGAUUUCCGUAAAAUGGGUGCUUCUUAUUUUCAACUUCUAGCUGCUUUUUGUUCAUUAGCUGAAAUGAACAUUGCAGAUGCACAGCAUAUAUUUCUUAAUACUGAAUUUAUUAAUGAUCGUGUUCCGUCUUUACCACAUUUUAUUCAACAAACUAAAGCUAUGAUGACUUCAUUUAUUGAUACAACAAAAUAUGAUUUUUUACAAACAUUUAAUUGGAUGAGACUUAUUUUUCUUACUAGUUAUCUUUACAAUGGAUUGAAUACAAAUGUUGGUAUAUCUAUAAACGAGCAUAGUCAAGUGAUUACUAAUUUUCGUAAAUAUGAUAUAGUAAGCAUCAUACAAGACGGCUUUAUGAUCGCUUACCACACCUGCAAUUGUGAAACAAAUCCUGUUACCUGCUCUGCAAUCCCUUCACUCUAUAUAAAUACAUCAGAUCUUAACAAUAAUAAUGAAUAUUUAUUAUUUAAAAUAUUACAUCUUGGUUGUUCACCUUUAAGUGGGUUUCUCGAGUCAAAAACGGCAUGGUGGUACGAUAUCACAUAUAUGGAACAUAUUCAAGCAACUUAUUCGAUGGUUAUUCAUACUCAACGUUCACCAAAUAUCAAACCUCUUAAUGAAUCUAAAUCGACUCAAUUUGGUGAUACCAAUACGGAGGAUUUACUUGGAUCAUCUUCAAUUGAUGUUCGUUCAAGAAACUUUCCACGUAAUAUUUAUGAUAAAAUUAAGAAUUUUAACAUCUACGAAAUAGAAUCAACUGAUAACACUCAUAUUCGUCAACAACAAAUCUAUACAAAAGUUUAUCUAUUUCUUUACAUAGUUUUACUCAGUAUUGUACUCUUUUAUACAAUUCUGAUCGAACGUCGUAUUACUGAAACACAACAGUUACAUUCGAUUGAUGAUUAUGAACAAUUAUUAAACCUUUAUUCAGAUGAUAUCAGUUGCCCAUGCACAUAUACAUCAAUUUCUUAUGAUAAAUUUAUCACUGAAUUACAAGUCAGUUCAUUUCAUGAUGCAUGUGAUGAUAAGCGACUAUACACAAUAUUGACAAUGUAUAUGCUAGGAGGUUCAGGCGGAUUUAUGACCAUAUCUGGACACUUCACACAAUGGAUAAAUCCUUUCGUGAAAUCCUUGGAGCAACUUUGUUCUUUGGCAAAACACAAUGUUGAAAAUAGUAUUGAUGCAUUUCUUGCCUCAACUUUAUUUACCAAUCAACUAAUGUCUCGCGAUCUAUUUGACACUGAAAUGAAUGAAACACUAAGUCAAUUCGAAAAUAAAACAAAAACUGCAUUUGCGCAUAUAUUAGACCUUAUCCGUUCAACUAUCCAAGGAAAUGCUUUACUACAUAUAAAUUCACAAGCUUGGAGUUUAGUUAAAGUUAAAACAAACGAUGGAAGUGAUAUUAAUUUCCUUACUGUACCUCGUACAUUCAAUAAUACACAAGAGAAUACAAGUUGUUUAUGCAGCACUUUACAAACAUGUCGAAUGCCACGACAAGUAAAUAUAAAUUCUGAUUUGGUUACUAUUGAUGGUAUAGUCAUUGGUUGCCAUCAACUUGAAACAUUACUUCUUUCAUCUUUGACUUGCUUCUAUUAUCUGCAAUGCAUUAACAUCCUUCGAGCUCUUAGCGAAGGAGAAGCUUUAACAAAGGAACAGUUUGAUGGAUUAAAUACGUUAACAACACGAUUCUCUAUGAAUGAUACUAUAGAAAAGAUAGCAUAUGAAAUGUUUAUCGAAUCAUGGUCCACUAAUACAUCCUAUGAAACAUAUUUUAAUAGUUGCUCUCCAAGUUAUUGUAUUUAUACAUAUUAUCAAAAAUCUGAUGAAUUAGAAAUAUUAACAAUAUUUUUGAGUGCAUAUGGUAGUUUAUCAAUUGCCGUUUACUUUAUCGUACCUUAUCUUGUUAAAUUAAUUAAAAAAAUUUUAAUUUGCUUUCGAAUUACGCAACAACAAUGA